AUGGCCCACUCCCCCUCUUCCUCGUCCGUUGACGACGCCGCCGAAAAUACUGCAGAUGAGGAGGAUUCUGAAGAUUACUGCAAAGGUGGUUACCACCCAGUACAAGUUGGAGAGAAGUUCAAGGAUGGAAAAUACACCGUUGUUCGCAAGCUAGGAUGGGGUCAUUUCUCAACCGUCUGGCUGUCCCGCGACAAUACCAACGGCAAGCAUGUCGCCCUCAAGGUCGUCCGUUCCGCCGCCCACUACACCGAGACCGCCAUCGAUGAGAUUAAGCUUCUCAAUAAGAUUGUCCAAGCCAAGCCCGAUCACCCCGGUCGCAAGCACGUUGUGAGUCUUUUAGAUUCGUUCGAGCACAAGGGACCCCACGGCACCCACGUCUGUAUGGUUUUCGAAGUGCUGGGAGAGAACUUGCUUGGUCUCAUCAAGCGCUGGAAUCAUCGCGGCAUUCCCAUGCCUCUCGUCAAACAAAUUACAAAGCAGGUUCUUCUGGGCCUCGACUACCUCCAUCGCGAAUGCGGUAUCAUCCACACCGACCUUAAACCAGAAAAUGUCCUUAUCGAGAUUGGGGAUGUUGAACAGAUCGUUAAGCGCGUCGUCAAACCUGAAUCUGCUGAAAAGGAGAACAACCGCAAUGGACGGCGGCGUCGAAGGACUCUCAUUACUGGCAGUCAACCAUUGCCAUCUCCCCUCAAUACCAGCUUCAACCAGUCGAACCUUUUCCCCUCACCGAACACCCACUCUAGUCUUGCUGGUGUCCUGAACGAAGGCAAGUCAUCAAAGGAGGCAUCUCCCAAACCAUCCGAUGAUGCCCAAAAGCAGCGAGAAAAGUCUGCCGACCUUCUUAGUCGAGAAGUCUCGGGCAUCUCUCUAGACAAGUCAAACUCACCCUCUGCUUCAACAGGCGAAAAGCGCAAGGCAGAAGAUGCGCACGGUUUCGACGUUAUCAGCGUCAAGAUUGCAGACCUGGGCAAUGCCUGCUGGGUCAAUCAUCAUUUUACUAACGACAUCCAGACAAGACAAUAUAGAUCACCCGAGGUCAUUUUGGGUUCCAAAUGGGGUGCCAGCACUGAUGUAUGGAGUAUGGCAGCUAUGGUGUUUGAGUUAAUCACAGGUGAUUAUUUGUUUGACCCUCAGUCGGGUACCAAGUAUGGAAAGGACGAUGAUCACAUUGCUCAAAUCAUCGAGCUUCUUGGGCCGUUCCCCAAAUCUCUAUGUCUCAGCGGCAAGUGGAGUCAGGAGAUCUUCAACCGAAAGGGAGAAUUGCGAAACAUCCAUCGGCUACGGCAUUGGGCUCUACCAGAUGUGCUACGCGAGAAGUAUCACUUCAAGGAAGACGAAGCAAAGCGUAUCGCAGACUUCUUGACCCCAAUGCUGGAGUUAGUACCCGAGAAACGAGCCAAUGCUGGCGGUAUGGCAGGUCACGUCUGGUUGGAGGAUACACCUGGUAUGAAGGGGCUGAAGAUUGAGGGCCUGGAAGUCGGUGGCCGCGGUGAAGGCAUCGACGGCUGGGCGACGGAAGUGAGAAAGAGAUAA